UCAACAAGCGCAAGGAACACAAUUUGUCUGCAGUUGUCAUUUCAGUCAAGCUAGGAGUAGGACUAAUUCUAAAGAUUUGCUGAUAUCUAGGUUCAAAGUGAAGAGAUACCAGAUACAUUCUCCAAUCAUGAAUCACAACUCCACCAUAUGUGGACGCCAUCUUGCUUUGCUCAUUGUAUACAUUAGUCUUUGUCUUCAAGUCUUUCCAGUCCGCGGCCAGCAGAGCUUUGCCACCACACCUGUGGAUACUGAAGUUGUCGAGGGGCAAGAUGUGACGCUCCAGUGUGCAAUAGACAAUCUUCAAGGCAGCAUUAUAUGGUCCAAAGAUGACACCAUGCUUGGAUCAGACAGAACACUACCUGGAUAUGACAGAUAUGCAGUUAAAGGUGAUGUUGCAAGAGAAGGUAAUCUAGUAAUCCUGAGAGCUGAGCUCAGUGACGAUGCUGAAUAUCGAUGUCAUGUGACAGCUACCGACGCUACACAUCAGAAUCUACGAUCAGAUCCUGCUGCUGUUAUUGUGCUCUUACCCCCUGACCCUCCGGUCAUCGAUGGCUACUCCAACGGCUCAGUCAUCACCAUCCAGCCCCCUGCAACGGUCACUCUCCCCUGCAGAGCCAACAGUGGCAAGCCAGCACCGGUCAUCACAUGGCACAAGGAUGGAGAUGAUCUGGCGUAUGGGAACCCUGAGGUGGUCUCAACACCUGCAGGAGAUACCUCUGGUAAGAGAGUGAACGCAGUCAGCACCCUAACCCUGAACCCAGAGAAAGAGGAUAACGGUAUUACCUUCGGAUGUCAGGUGACUCAUGGAGCUCUGUCAUCCGCUCUCUCAACGUACAUCACUCUCAACGUCCUCUUUGCCCCAGGAGCGCCCCUCAUCACUGGCUAUUCGGCAGGUACCAUUGUGAAAACGGGGGACCCGCUGCACCUCCGCUGUACAUCUCUCGGAGGGAACCCCCUGGCAGAGGUAUACUGGUAUAAGAACGAUGAGAGAAUGGAUUACUCCUUCAUGACAGACGGUGUUAGUGCUUUCAACACUCUCCCACUUGAAGUUGAUUACAGUGAUAAUAACGCUAUCUACAAGUGUGUUGCUACCAGCGUGGUCCUACCUCAACCGAUGAGCACACAGAUACAACUCACUGUCAACUUUGCUCCAGCAUACGUGAAUAUCACCGGCCAUGAGGCAAUGGUUCAGUCAGAUGCCACGCUCACACUCAAAUGCACAUCAGCCAACAGCAACCCUGCGUCUUCGAUCUCCUGGUUCACCGGUGGUCGUCAGGCCCACACCCACGACGACGUGGUGGUCGAAGCACCCAACGGAGGUUUCAUCACUUCGCAGGAGCUGACCAUCACGAUGACGGCCGAUACAGACAGCGUAGAUUACAUGUGCCAAGCAACCAAUCGGGAGCUGUACGAGACCACUUCGGAUACUGUGACUGUCAACGUCAUGUAUCCACCAGAGCAUCCUGGAAUCACCGGUUACGAGGACGGCACGGAAGUCAAGGCCGACAAUCUCCUGCGUCUUGUAUGCUUUGCAAUGGGCGGCAACCCCCUCGCCACGCUGGUCUGGUACAAGAACGGAGAGGUCCAGGAAGCGGAGACCGGGACGCAAGGCAUCCUCUCCACCAGUACCUUGAGGCUUAUCUUGGACCAGACGGAUAACGGGGCGGAGUACUCCUGUAAUGCUUCCAACGAGGCCACGCCCGUCCCCCUGGAGGCCAGUGUCACCCUUAACGUCCUCUUCCCACCCAGUGCAGUUACUGUGAGUGUAGACCCACCAGAAGCCAAGGAGGGUGACAGCGUAACGGUGACGUGUGAGACGGCAAGCAGCAAUCCAGAGUCUGAGAUCUCCUGGUGGAGGGAUGGGGUGCCUAUAGAAGGCAAUAACAACAUAAGCGUUGAGGUUGUAGAUGCAGAAAAUGGGGGCAAAACGACCCGCAGUCGUCUCAUGCUUGAUUCUGUUACCUCGGCCAACAAUGGGGGCGUUUACCUCUGCCGUGCAAUGAGCGAUCUUGUUGUUGAAAGCGUCAAUGAUGGUGUGACUCUGGAUAUCAAAUUCAGACCAAAGAUAACCACGCCUACCGGCAUCUCUCUGAGUAGUCAUGAAGUACCUGGAGACCUAAUCCUCAACUGCUCUGCUGAAGCCAACCCCGCCGAAAUCACUUUCACGUGGCACAAGAAUGCAGCCGCGAUUGCUGUCGCCGAGACAGAGCGUUACACGCUGGACGAGGAAGGAUCGUUGUGCAUCCACAACGUGUCGCGGGAGGAGGCUGGGACGUACAUGUGCAUCGCGAGUAACUCGGAGGGAGCCAACAAUAUAACGCUGACCCUAGAUGUGAUGUACUCUGCCAAAGUGACCACCGGUGAGGCCAUCACCAUCACCCUCAACACCCCCGGGGAGCUGGUCUGCGAAGCGGACGCAAACCCCAAGCCAGCCGGCUACAUCACCUGGACCAGGCCCGGCUUUGACCUGACGGGUAACGCCCAUGAGUAUGUGGAUGGGCGUGGCAUCAUGAGGGUGGACAACGUCACCAAAGCGGUCAGCGGAAUGUACCUCUGCCAUGCGGACAACGGCAUCCCGCCGGCCGACACCAAGAAUAUACAAGUUAUCAUACAGUACCCCCCUGAAGUGGACCACUCCAUGCCCAACAAAGUAGCCAAGAGCACAGGUCAGACAGCCCUCCUCCGCUGCAAGGCAGAGGGCGCACCUCUCGUCCAAUUCAACUGGUUCAAGGGAUCAGCGGAGGUCAAUCUAACUAGUGACCAUUACACGCUGGACAUCAGACAGGAUUUGACCUAUGCUAACCGCUAUGAGAGUCGGCUGAUCAUCAGCCAGAUUGACGAGAUCGAUGAUUACGGGACGUACGUCUGCAAGGCUUAUAAUGACCUAGGAGAAGCACGCUUUGAGAUACAGCUUGAGAAGACAAGUCCUCCGGAGGCCCCAUCUAAUCUUCAAGUCGUCAAUAUUGGUUAUGAUUCAGUUACUCUCAAUUGGACCAAAGGUUUCGAUGGCGGUUUGGACCAGACUUUCCAGGUGCGCUUCAACCAGAAAGGCGGGAAGCAGUAUCAGUAUGUGGACGUGGUACCUUCCGUUGCGACGGCAUUCACAGUGACCAACCUCAACCCCAACUCAGAGUACGAGUUCACCGUCAGAGGGCGCAAUGCGCAGGGAGACGGGCCGUAUUAUCUCGGCAUCGUGUCUGCCAAGACAACCAUCAAGCCCACAGAGCCUCCAGUGGUGAUUCCAACACGGUUGUUGGUUGGUAACAUCCCUCUCUACAUGGUGCUCCUCUUCUCAUUCCUGUGUAUACUGAGCUGUGUCUUCAUUAAUAUCUUCCUGUGCUGCUGCCUGGUCAAACGAAGGGAGUCCAGGAAGAGGGUUGCUGCAAAAUCUUCAUCGAUCAAGAAAACAAAUGAUGAAAUUGAGCUAGUAAAACCAAUGGAACGCCCGGAGAGCCCAGCUUACAGCGACUCCAACACCGACAACAUGUCGCACCGAUCCGAGCACGAUGAUCGUUAUUCCUACGACAACGUCAGCUAUGAUAGACGGCGCUACGACGACUACAGCGACGGACGGUCGGAGAGUUAUGACCAUUAUGAUGACCAGCAGCCACCAGUCUCACCUCGUGUGGUCACUGGUCGAGGGGGGCCUGGGUAUUAUAAUAAUUCGGCCUACAGACCACCUUCUUACGCACCUAGCUGGGAUUCUUACGAAAACCCACCAAGCACUGGCCUCUCCGAGUCCCAAAUCGAUGACAACGAGGAACGAGAGUACGCCGACAUGCUACGACGUCAGCAGAAGGCACAGUACAUGGGCGGGGCCUCGCACCCCCCUACCGCCCCCAGCCCCGUUCCUAGCAGCCUGGGCAACUUUGUUCCGCUACCCAAAGGGGGCUCUGGUGCCCCUAGCCAAGUAGGUAGCGAAGAAGGCUACUUGGUGUAAUCCCCCAAGGAUCUCUUUUUGUCACGAUCAUCUUUUGUGGUAUAUUAUGAGAAACUGUUUGACAUCUUUUCCCUUGUGGCUCGAGUACAUUUCAACCUCAUCCUACCAAAAUGGCCGAUUUACCUUCAUAGAGGGCGCUGCACUGCGGCAAACUAUUUGCAUGGUAUUACCCAUAAUUUCCAUAUACUAUGUAAAUACCACAAAUUCUCCAUCGCUGAAUGGGCGAUAAAAAUGAGCCUUAUGAGCAUUAUACCUUGACUGCUGAAUAGUUUGAAUUUGUUCAAACAUUCACCAGUCUCAAAGAAUGAUGAUUUUUCUUCAUUGUCUUAAAAUGUACUAUAAAAUGUAUUCAAGUAUUAUCAUAAAUUACAUUUCUAUGAAGUCCACAUUCCUAUGAAUAUGUUUCUAUGAAAGGUUUUUCUACUUUCUACAGAACCAAAGAUAUAUACACAUUACAGCAGUUUGCAGUACUUGACUACGAUCAUUGUUUAUAUUCCAAAGUCAGCCUCUUGGACUGAUUCAUUCUUUGUUUAAGUCAUGAGAAGAAAGCCUUAAGCCUUGUUCAGAUAUGACUCAGAAAAACCACAGCGUCUAAGUGUAAUACAUGUCACAUUUUUGUACCUUAAAGGUAUAGACCAGUUUUGGAAACGCCCCCCCCCCCCC